AUGGAUAAUUUGCGUUUUGAGGACAUUGAGGCGGACGGCACGGUUGUGUUCAGCUUGUUUCUGGGUCCUGAGUUUCUCCACGUUGGAGGUUCGUUACAUGGAGGAGCCGCAACACUCAUUCUUGACCAGUGCACAUCGCUGUCGAUAGCGCCGCACGCUGCUCCUGGGUAUUGGGAAUGGACUGGCGGCGUAACGCGAACACUUUCGGUCACAUGUCUUCGUGCACCACCUGGACAUACUACUGUAAAAAUCCGAUGCAAAGUCAUUUCUAUUGGUCAGACCGUGGUGCUUGUUCGAGGCGAGAUCGUGUCCGAUGAUGGGAAACUUGUCUACGAUGUUCUCGACCACAACAAAAUCAAUGUGCGGCUGAAACCGCGGGCACCUGGCUCGAAACUUUGA